CAAUCAUCCCCUUGCUCAGUAAAGAUAUAUGUACGAUGCUUAUGUAUUCUAGGACAUGUUUUUGUCCCUCGUGUACAACUGGGUGGUCGGCUUCAUUCAGUAGAAUCUACUUCGAGUAUCGCCGGUGCUAGUACUGAAGAGAAGUCGUCCGCGCUCAAGGCAGCUGCCAGUGCCUCCGUCUCAGGCUUUGGAUUUCAGGCUUCCGUGAGUGCCAGCCAUGAGACGACCAAUAACUCCAAGACAGAAAAGUCUCACAGUAGCUCAAAUCACUCGAUCACAUGGCACGCAGAUGGCGGAGACACCUUGCUGUGCAAUAAGUGAGUCCCUUGUUGAUGCCCAUAACCCUACCGGAGAGCAACCACUGAUAGGACACUUCGUGUACAGCCCCCCUGCUUGGUGCCCUACGGUUCACUCCUUCUACAAUUGGCGGGUGAUGAAUCAAAUUGGAAUGGUCGAUAUUGUUCAGCUUAUUGGCAAGAUGAAGGGCUGGGAAGACAUUCCCCGGCGAUUUGAGGACAUCUACUUCGCCAAUGUGCAAUUCAAGAUCCUCAAAACGGAGUCACCCCACCAGGCAGCGCCAUACCUGGGAAUGGUCGGCAAUGUGGACGUCCUUGAACGACCCGAGGCUGGAGGGGGGAACUUUUCGAGACGGGCCACCCGCCAUGUACUGAACAAAUCCCAUUCUGGCGAAGAACAUGUGGCCAGCAGCCGCGAGAUCAUUGCACUCAAGAACCAAAUGGUGUGGGAAGGUACAGAUGGAACCACCCCCCGGUUCAAAUUCGGAACCAUGUAUCCCAUGCGCUUCUCUGUCCGGGACAAAAGCACACAGGAAAGCACUUUCUAUGCCGUUCGGCGGACUACGAAAGCAGAGCACUACCAGAAUGAGAAUGUCUUAUAUGCUGGCAAGAAUGAAGAGCCGAAUGUGCUCGUAAAGUUCACCAAGUUACGCGAAGGCAAAGGACAUCCUGCUGAUAGGCAGGACCUCGCCUGGACUGAGGACUUGGGCACUUCCAUGCGAGCGGAGAGAAUUGGAUCGCACGAUAUGGUUCGGAUGGACUUUUAUGACCUUCAAACUAUGGAGUAUGUCGGAUGGUUGCAGAAUAAUGGGGGGAUUGCUAAACUGGAGCCUGACACGGAGGGACGGCACAAUGUUGAACGCAUACUCAAAUUUAUGUAUGUCUAAGACUUGAAUACUGUCGGUACAAUAAACAAAAGGUUUACCCAACCAAGCCUGUCCCGAGGGUGGUCAGCACCAUAGUACCCAUACAGUACGAUUGGAAUUCUGUCGAUUCUAGCGGUACGACUUCC